GUAUAUUGAAUGGGCGCAAAAUCCGUGUUCUGUCUGUGUACAUUUCGCACUCUGCAGAUUUAGCGGUUAGACGAGUUUAGAACACGGCCUCAGUUUACGGAACUUUCAUAAAUUACAGGGCAGAACCGGUAGAAUAAACGCGCGUGCAUACGGUUAUUUGUCUUGUUCAUUGUUGUGAGCAAUGCAAUGUUGGCCCCUUCGUGAACGGAGCUCGGACUGCUAGCUCGUUAGCUAGCUAGCCAGCUAGCCCCUACCUCCUGGCCAACAAUGGCCAGUCUUCCACAAAAUAACUUAAAGGAGCAACUGGCCAGGCACAGCAAUGCUGCUCAGGGCAAGCUGUCCCUGGCUAAACCCAAGACGGGGGCUUUUUCUUUUAAAAAGAAGUCCUCAUCAGGCACAACCAAGGUUGAUGUCAACGCCAAGGUAAUCAGCUCAAACGUUUUGGCAAACAGAAAUGUCAAUGUUUCUAACAACAACUUGGUGACAAAAUCUUCUUUGACAUUUUCAAAUAAGCCUGAGACUCAAAAGUCCAAAAUCAACAGCUUCUUUGCUGUGAGUUCAAAAGCCAAGUCGGACUCCAUCAGCCCAACAGAUAAAUGUUCACCUGCAGUGUCUGGUUUUAACGUGGCCCUUAAAAGCCAGAUUCCUAGUGGCAAUGAAAGCAAAGCCACAAACCUGGAUGCAUCUCUUGGGUUUCCAGUAGAUGACUGGGAUGAUAUUGAUGACUUUGAAACACCAACCAAAGCAAAAAAGGAUUCCUCCAGUUCUGAAGUAUCUGUGAUGCACAAUAAGUCUGCGUUAUCUCCUUCUGAAGAAAAAACUGAACUCCCAGGGAAAGUAAACCACAAGACUAAUCUUGUGAAAACAAAGUUGGACAAUGAUUCAGCUGGUGCUUCCAGAAUGGACCUAUCUUGUAAGGAAGAUAAUGAACUGGAUUGUGGUGUCAACAAAUCCGCAAUAUCAUCCGGACCUGGUUUCAAGCAGGACCCAGAAGAUUCCGACGUAGAGGAUUCCCCCAUUAAAGUGGCCAAAAAGCGUCUUCUUGCUGUUAUCAGUGAUGGUGAAGAAGAAAGUAAUUCUAUGCCUGUGCCGUGUAAAGAAAGAAGAGAUGAUAAGAAAAAAUGGACUGACCCAAAGGUAAUAGCGAUUGACAACUCAGAGCCAGAAGAUGACUUUGAUUACAUUCCCCCUUCACCAGUCCUGAAUGAGGUCUCUUACACUACAUCAAAGUCAAUGACAAGAUCUAAAUCAGCUGUUGAUGAAUACAAAGACUGCCCUGCGCUACCAAAAGGACCUGUUGCAACACCUUCUAAUUCAAAAGACAAAACAAAUGAGCAACUCCUCAGUAUCAUGGAGGCAAUUUGUUCUCUGGUUGAUUCCAUCCCUGAACACGAGCUAAUAGGUCUGUCCUGUGGAAAUGAGCUUUUACUCACGAGAGCUCAAAGAAAGCGGAUUCUUGCAACAGGUGGUGAAGCUUUGUACAAGAUGCAGCAGCCAGACAGCACAGUGAUUUCUGAACCUUGCACAAAAGAAAAAUCUGUUUUGAGCUGUGACACAUCCAGUAUCAUGUCAUCUAGCAACUCCGUGUCAGUGGAUUCCAAAGAACGUCUUCAGAUGAGGAGAUCUUCAGUCAUCUCUGUGGACUCUGAUCACUCUGGCAGCGUUAUUGACAUGCAACCAUUCCACAAUGAAGACGAUGGGACAAUGUAUAUGGAAAACAAGAUAGUCUGUGAUUCUCCAUCAACCUACAGUCUGACAAAACCAUCAUUUAAUUUCUCUAAGAAAGGAAUCACAGACCUGGAUAAGUCAGAUUUGUUCUUCUCACCCAGGAAGUCAGAAACUGUUGUAAAGAGCAAAGCAAAUAUCCCAGUAACCGCUGACCCAGAAGACAUAGAACCAGAUGACUUUUACGAUGAUGACUUUGACAUAGAUGACUUUAAUGUUUCUGAUAUCCCUGAGUACUUUGAUGAGCCCCCGCCUUCAGCAUUGACAGGACAUAACUCCAGCACUGCUACUACAAAAAUUAAAGAGGGUGAACCAAGCAAGUCUUUAUGGGAAAAGAAACCAACAACACCCGUUUCUACACCAAAACCUUCAAAAAUCUGCUCACCUGAGCCCACAUUCAGGAACCCAGCCCAUGAUCGAUUCAGAGGGUUCAACUUCUCAUACUCGCAGGAAAUGAUGAAGAUCUUUCACAAGCGUUUUGGUUUACAUCAGUUCAGGUUCAAUCAGCUAGAGGCGAUUAAUGCAACGCUUCAGGGAGAAGACACGUUUGUUUUGAUGCCCACAGGUGGUGGCAAAAGCCUGUGUUACCAGCUGCCUGCCUGCGUGUCACCAGGAGUAACUGUGGUCAUCUCCCCUCUCAAAUCACUUAUUGUGGAUCAAGUCCAGAAACUCACCACUCUGGAUAUUCCAGCAACAAGUCUGUCUGGUGAUAAAAGUGACAGCGAAGCGUCAAGGAUUUAUAUGCAGCUGUCUAGGAAAGACCCUAUCAUUAAACUGCUCUAUGUCACCCCUGAAAAGGUGAGUGCAAGUAACAAGCUGAUCUCCGCCUUACAUAACCUGUAUGAAAGAGGCCUUUUAGUCCGAUUUGUCAUCGAUGAAGCCCACUGUGUCAGUCAGUGGGGCCACGAUUUUCGUCCAGACUACAAGAAGCUGCAUGAACUGCGUCAGAAAUUCCCCAACGUUCCAAUGAUGGCUCUGACAGCCACGGCCACUCCCCGCGUCCAGAAAGACAUCCUCAACCAACUGAACAUGACUCGACCACAGGUCUUCACGAUGAGUUUCAACCGAACAAACCUGAAGUAUGCUGUGCUGCCUAAGAAACCCAAAAAGGUUGAUGAGGACUGCAUCGGCUGGAUCAAGAAGCACUACCCACGUGACUCUGGCAUUGUGUACUGCCUUUCCCGUAAUGACUGUGACGCUAUGGCUGAGAGUCUGCAGAGAGCGGGGAUAUUGGCUUUGUCAUAUCAUGCCGGGUUGAGCGACGGUGACAGAGAAUAUGUGCAGAGCAAGUGGAUCAAUCAGGACGGCUGCCAGGUCAUUUGUGCCACUAUCGCUUUUGGAAUGGGCAUUGACAAGCCGGAUGUGCGCUAUGUGAUUCAUGCCAGUCUACCCAAGUCCGUCGAGGGUUACUACCAGGAAUCAGGAAGAGCUGGCAGAGAUGGAGAGAUCUCUCACUGUAUUCUCUUCUACUCCUACACUGACGUCCAACGUAUCAAGAGGAUUAUCAGCAUGGACAGAGAAGGUGAUAGACACACGAAGGCGACUCAUUACAAUAACCUCCACAGCAUGGUGCACUUUUGUGAGAACGUGAUGGAGUGCAGAAGGAUUCAGCUGCUUGCCUAUUUUGGCGAGUUAAAGUUCAACAAAAGUUUCUGUAAGGAGCACCUCGAUGUCAGCUGUGACAACUGCACCAAACCCAAUCAAUACAAGAUGAGAAACGUUACCGAGGAUGUCAAGAAGAUUGUGAGGUUUGCCCAAGAGAACUGUGAGAAAGUUGGAGGAAGGUUUGGCAAGACUGCUCAGCAAAACCGACUCACUCUGAACAUGCUGGUGGAUAUUUUCAUAGGGUCCAAAUCUGCAAAGGUACAGACAGGAAUGUUUGGGAUCGGAGGAGCGUACUCCAGACACAACGCUGACCGUCUCUUCAAAAAGCUGGUUCUGGACAACAUUCUCAUUGAGGAUCUCUACAUCACAGUGAAUGGUCAAGCUGUGUCUUAUAUCUCCGCUGGACCGAAAGCCACGAAUGUGCUGUCUGGGCAGAUGCAGGUGGAGUUUUAUGAGACAGAGAGUGCGUCUAGUAUCAGGAAACACAAAGCUGCUGUGGCCAAUAACGUCUCAGAGAGAGAGAAGAUGGUUCAAGAGUGUCUGAAGGAGCUAAUGGAUCUGUGCAAGCAGCUGGGAAAAGCAUUUGGCAUCCACUAUUACAACAUCUUCUCCACUGCCACAUUAAAAAAGAUAUCUGAGAGGCUUUCUUCUGACCCCGAGGUUCUGCUGCAAAUUGAUGGUGUGACCGAAGACAAACUGGAAAAGUACGGGGCUGAAGUCAUUCAGGUCCUACAGAAGUACUCCAAGUGGCAGCAACCAGCAGAGGAGCAGACUGAGAGUGGUGGGGACGGUUGGAUAGACACUGCACGAGGUCGCGCACGUAUCGAUUAUGACGACGAGGAUGAUGCAGAAUCCUCAACUUACUUCCGCAGAGAAGCCGCACAAGGACAAAAGAGGAAGAAAGCUCCAUUCUUCAAGUACUCCAAGAAGAAAAAGGGAUAUGGCAACUCAAGUUACAAUUCUAAAGGUCGUGGCUACAGCAACAAUAAGUCAUGGUCGUCCUCCAACUCCAGAGGUGGAUCAAAAGCUGCAGGUCGUGGGUCCAGAAACUGUGCCGGAGAUGCGUCUGCAGGUAGGAGGCCGGGGUUCCUGACUGUCCCAACCCCUCAAAGCAGCUCACGGCCUUUCUUAAAGCCGGCCUUUUCAAACAUGUAGCUCACUGCGUCUCAGUCCAAGUGGAGUUUGUAAAUGUUGUAAUACCUUUUAACACGGUGUAUUUAUGUUCUGUAGAUUGUGCAGUUUUUAUUGUUGCAAAGUUGUUUGUCUCUUGAAAGAAUUUUUUUUAAUUAAAGACACAUUUUCUAUUAAAUGUUAAAAAGC